AUGUCCAUGUCAGGGGCAACCUUAGGUACUGUAAAGAAGCCCACCAAGGAGCCAGAAGCACAAGGAAAGGUUGAAGCUUGUACGCACCAGUCUUCUACUCUGCCCCUUUUAAAUGGAAAUGUUUGUCCGUUGUAUGAAGAAGAGGCAGACAGGGAGGUGGCACAGUUGAUGAGAGAAUCUCUUCACUGGGCUGGGAACUUCCAAAUGAAUGGAGAUCCAAAGGACUGGUUGAACGUUGAAGAUCUUCUGCCUCACCAGACAGUGGAGAAGUUAACAAAAUGUGUAGUUUAUGAAGAUCGACACAAAGUCGGAAUUCUUGCCGGACACAUGGACAAGCACCUCUGGGAAUUAGAUGAUCACAUCCAGGACAUGCUGGAGAGUCGACUCGUCAGCACACAGGUGAUGAUGCAGGGAAGCAAAGAUGCUGAUAAGUUGGAUCAAGUAGAGGAUCUGUCCCAGUUACAAGAGGUGUGUGACAGCUCAGUGCUUCUCAACCUAAAGAAGAGGUUUCAUCGGGACUGUAUUUAUACCUACAUCGGAAACAUGCUACUGUCCAUCAACCCCUACAAACCCCUGCAUAUCUACUCAGAAGAACUGAGACAGCAAUACCAGGGUAGAGAGCAACAACAAAACCCUCCGCAUGUGUACGCUAUCGCUGACAAUGCCUUCAGACAAUCCCAGGCAUCCACCCAGGAGCAGUGCAUUAUCAUAAGUGGUCAGAGCGGUGCAGGAAAGACUGAGGCUACCAAGUUGGUCGUCCAUUACAUUGCUACCAUGUAUCAGAGCAGAAGCGUCGACCUGCAUCAGCCUAUGGACGUCUUUGCCAUUCUGGAGAGUUUCGGGAAUGCGAAGACCAGCUUGAACAACAACUCCAGCCGCUUUGGAAAAUACAUCCAUAUUCACAUUCUCCGUGGUGUUGUUGUUGGGACCUCCUUGUCCAAAUAUCUCCUUGAGAAAUCCAGGGUUGUUUUCCAGGCCAAUGGGGAGAGGAACUACCAUGUGUUCUAUGAGCUUUUGGCAGGUAUGAAUGACUGGAACAAACGGGACUUCUACCUUCAGGGAGCCGAGACGUAUUACUACCUGAACCAAGGUGGCGCCUGUGAGUUGACAGGAAAGUUGGACAGAAAAGAUUUCCAGUUAUUAGUUCAGUGCUUUGACAAAAUUGGUCUUAGUACUGACCAGAUCUUCACCAUUUGGGCCAUUCUUUCCUCUAUUUUGCAGCUGGGCAACAUCUGCUUCAGUUCACAUGAGAGUGAGUCGUUUGAGGUGGCUCUCAUCUAUAGUGAGUCUGAGGCUCGAAGGAUCAGCUCUAUGCUUAAGAUAUCUUAUGAGGCACUACAGAACACCAUAACACACAAAAUCACAAAGACAACCUAUGACAGGAUCUACUGUCCCCUGUCUGUGGAGAGUGCCAUCGAAUCGAGAGAUUCCAUUGCCAAAGCCUUGUACUCAGUGCUAUUUGACUGGUUGUUAGACCAGAUCAAUAACUGGCUGAAUCCCACAGAAAUGGACAACACCGUGGGCAUAGUAGACAUCUACGGAUUUGAAGACCUUGGAAUCAACAGUUUUGAACAGUUGUGUAUCAACUUUGCCAAUGAACAGCUGCAGCAUUUUUUCAGCCACACUGUGAUCACUCAAGAGCAGGAGGAGUACACUACAGAACAGAUCCAGUGGUGCCCAGUGUUGUUAAAGGACUUUAACCCCUGCCUGGAGUUAAUCUCCUCAAGACCAUACGGCAUCUUCCGCAUACUUGAUGACCAGACCUGCCUCCCCCAAGCAACUGAUCACACCUUUCUCCAAAAGUGCCACUACCACCAUGGAAACAGUCCUUACUAUGCCAAGCCCAAAAAGCCUGAGCCAACAUUUACCAUAUUUCACUAUGCUGCAACUGUCACAUAUCAGGUCCACAAUUUUCUUAAUAAAAACCACGACCAAUUCAAGACGGAAGUGGUGGAACUUUUCGCCAGUAGUCGGUUAAAGCUGGUGUCAGAGCUGUUUGGAAAGGUGAAGACCAGGUACGAUCAACAAAGAGAGUUGGAAUGCAGAAGAAAGGGUCUUCGCCAGCAACCCUCGACUGCUGCAUCACAUUUUCUACACUCCCUGACUGAGCUUACCAAGCGCUUGGAAAGUUGCAGAACAAUGUUCAUCCAUUGUCUCAAGCCAAACUGUAUUAAGCUUCCGGCAAUGUUUGAUGUGGACUAUGUGUCAGCCCAACUUAAGCAUACUGGCAUGUUGGAGGCCAUCCACAGUCGGAAAGGGGGUUAUCCUAUACGCCUCUUGUACUCCUACUUUGUUGAGAGGUAUGGGGUGUUCGCCACCCAGCGCUCCAGUAAUGUGACAGACCGAGAGUAUGUACUGAGUCUUUUGGAAUUGAUUGGUGCAGAUGACGGUCAAUAUCAGCUGGGACUCACAAAGGUCUUUCUAAAGGAGCUCCUGUACCGGCAGCUGGAGGAGAAGUGGAGUACCACUCAGACGUGGGCCGCAGUCACCAUCCAGCGAAACAUUAGAGGUUUUCUGUGCAGGAAAAACUUUAAAUUCUUCAAGCAGAAAGCGAUCAUCAUCCAGAGCCACAUCCGAGGACACCAGGCAAGGAAGUACUACAAACGCCUGAAGCAGUCCUUUGCUCAGUUCUGGGCUGUGAUGAUGAUAACUAGGAAUACCAUAAAGAGACGCCAUUGGAGGAAGCAUAUUCGGGACAAAAAGAAAGCGACCACUUUAAAAAAAGCAUCAGUGCUCCUGACAAUGGAUGUGGGCAGGUUGGAGAUCCCUGCUGAGCUGUCAGCAAGGUUCCACAGUGCAGCAGGGCAUCAACAUGCUUCUGAAGUGACAGCGGUGGCACCCCCACAAGUGAAAGCAAACCACAAGCUCAGUCUGCCUCGAGACAUAGACAAAUACCCAUUCUCUCACUAUGUCAAGUCCAUAUUGAAGGAUACAUGGUGCCAACCUAAAGGAACCCCCCUCCAAAGAGCCCUCACCUCUCUCGAAUCGGACGAUGCCUGGAUUGCACUGGAAGUGUAUAAACUGAUCAUGCGGUUCACGCGUGAGUCAGAUCUCAGCAGCUGGCAAGAGCAGAUGUUAGGAAACUACAUCAUUGAAAAAUGCCAAAGUCGUCCUGCCUUGAGGGAUGAGGUCCUGGCACAAUUGGCUUACCACACAUGGGACUCACAUGAAGAGCAGGGAAGCCUGCAGGGGUGGCUGCUGCUUGCCUGCUGCCUCAGUACCUUCACUCCGUCACCAAUACUGGAAAAACCCCUGCUCAAGUAUAUAUCUGACCACGCACCCAUUGAGUACCGUUCACUGUGCCAACACAAAAUGCUCACAUCAAUGCAACUUGCAGCCCCCAUUUCCCGGGUUUAUCCUCCCACCCAGCUGGAGUGGACCGCCAACAAAAGGAAAGCUGCAAUGACUGUGGAUGUAUACACAUAUAAUGAUGAGAAAUGGACAACUGAAGUGGAGUCCUGGACCACGGGAGAAGAGAUAGCCGCUUGGAUUCUUCAAUGCAGAGGUAUGACAGAGGCAACAGAAGGCUGGUCUGUGUCACUUCUGACGGAUGACGGGUGGUCUGAUCUGGCUGGCUCAGACUUGGUCAUGGAUCUGCUGGCUGGCACCGAGGCAGAAGUACUGCCCCCAUCAGACACCCCCUCCUCAGCCAAUUCUGAUUACUUGUUCAGUGAUCAAAGAGACAGAACACCAGUUACAGAUCUUGAUGACUUCAUUCCACCAGCACCUACAAUGGAAGCUCCAGGCCUGCCUCAAUUUCAGGACACCCAUUGGGGAGGAGAGUAUCCACAGGAAGGCCGGCGUCGACAGAUGGAUGCCUACGUAGAUGACUUGUUCAACCUGGAUCAAGGACAAUCGGACACAGAAAGAGUAGCCAAGCUACACCGGCGGAUGCGAGGUGGAGGAGGCAUUGGACCCAUGCAGCCUGGUUUUUAUAGUCCUGGUAUGCCAUCUUUAAUGCCAAGCUAUCCCAUGGGAAUGCCAGUAAGCCCUCACAUCCCGAGCUAUGGUCCAACUCCACUGAUGCCAGCCAUGCACACCAUGCAAGGGAUGAUGAUGCCUCAGGCUGCAGUUCCUUCAAUGAAUGAUCCCAUGCAGAUGGCAGCGACACAGCAAGCCCUUAUCAACCAACAGGCUCUUCUAAUGGCUCAGCAGAUGACCAUGCAGGCGAUGACUCUGUCCCAGCAGCAGAACCAGGAACAGCUGAGGUUGAGGGAACAGGAGAGAAAGCAGGAGAGAAAGCAGGAGCAGCAGCAGCGGUUGAGGGAGCAAACACCCACACCUUUGCCGCAGUCUUCACCUGCAGGCCAGCCUAAUACACCUUUGCCAAAGCCUCAAGAAGUAGAUUCAAAGAAUGCAGGUAACCGGCCCUCUUUCAGAGAAAGGCGUCAGUACUUCCAGAAUAUUGGUGGCUCUAAAACCCAGGCACCAGAAGGCCCCUCAUCCACACCAGUCCAACAGCAAAACAGCAUCCAAUCACCGCGUCCACCCCCUCCUCCCACUGCACCUAAACCCAAAACUUUAGUGAAGGACCCUCCCUACACUGCUGUCAGCAAAACAAAAAUCCCGACCACAAAUACGGAGCCUGAACCCACUUCUAACAUUCGGGAAAUCAUCAAACAGUUCAACAGCCGACCUCAACCAGAACCCAAAAACUUUGAGCCUGUCAGAGCUCCAUCAAGGCACUUUGUUAAGAAGGUGGAUCCCAAAGAGGAAGCGCUUGCCAAACUCAGACAGAAAGCCCCAGUGCCUCAACAAAAGAAACAGUGGGUGACCACCCCAGCAGCCAAACAGCAGUCUCCAAUAAGCACUCCAUCCCCACAGUCCUCUCCUCCGUCCACUGGAAGCCGUCGUGUCAUUUCCAGCAACAUGAGGCAGAAACAACGCUCACUAGAAGAUCUAUUUGGCUCUCAGCGCGCUCCAAACAUUGUACCUUCUCCGCCGGACUGUCCCUCACGCUCAACGACCUUCCCUCACGACAUCCCUGAACCACCAACCAUGGCUGCCCCAUCUCUCAGUAAGAUGCUAGAUGACAAGAUGUCCCACUCUGAACUUCACCGUUAUUCUCCUGGUGUUUAUUUGUCUUUCUGCAAUAUGCCUGGAAAACUCUUCCUGCGCAAAGAGGUGUUUUACCCAGAAGACGCAUUCAACCGACCAUAUGUCCUCAAUCUUUUAUGUGAACAGAUCAUGAGGGACACUUAUUCUGACAGCUGUGUGAAGAUAAGCAGAGAGGAAAGAAGGAAGAUGAAGGAUUUGCUCGCUAAUUUUAAUGUGGGAACUGUGAGCACCAUCCAGGACGACAGCUUAAAGAAAAGGAUUGUCAUUGCUGCUCGGGACAACUGGGAAAACUACUUUUCACGAUUAUUUCCUAUACAGUCAGACGAUGAUGACACUCAGAUUUUGGGUGUGUGCCAUCGUGGCAUUCGGUUAAUGAAAAUGGUGGCAGCGUCAGGCAUUGACCCAAAACACCUUCGCCUGCUGAGAAGCUACAGUUUUGCAGAGCUGCUGUCGGUUGAACUAUGUGGCACCAACCAAGUCCAACUGGAGUUGAAGAAUGAAAACCUACAGCUACAUUCUACCAAGGCUCCGCAAAUCACUGCCACAGUCCAACUCUUCCUCAAACAGCUCAUUGAGAACUCUGACCACGUGGUUGCCCUGAAGAGCUUUGUCACAGAUGACAAGAGUCUACUCAGCUUUAGCAAAGGAGAUAUAAUCAAGCUCCUACCAAUGGAGGCACUCCAGACAGGUUGGUAUUUUGGUACUUUGGGAGGAAGGUCUGGUCUUUUUCCAGCUGAUCGAACACAGCCAUCAGCCGCAUUGGACUACCAUCAUCACAAACUUGAUCGAAGAGAUGAUAGGCGGAAAAGUAUGAGAGUUGCAAGACCUGACACUCUGCCAAAAGAAGCUACUCUAGUUCCCAUCAGCAAGGAAGCAGACCACAGUUACUUGGCAUGGCCCACGAGAGAAGAUUCAUUCCAGAGAUCGGUACGGACCUCCAUCCAAGAGACGCCUCAAGACUUACAAAUGUUAGCAAUGGCUGAGUUUGCCAGGAAAUACUUUAGAACGGAAAAUGAAGGCUUAAAUCCAAGUGGCAAACUUUUUUUGGAAGCUGUUCAAUUCACAAAGGCGCCGAUUUCGAAGUCUCUCAUUCUUUACAACGACCCUGAUGUCAACCAGUUAUCUGUUCAGUGCUUUACGGCUAUCAUGCAGUUUAUGGGCGAUACAGCAAUGAAGAAGCAAACCUCGCAAGCAGACUGUUUGCAUCAUAUCUUACUGCUUGGGAAGGAAAAAGAGCAGCUCAGGGAUGAAGUCUACUGCCAGGUCAUCAAGCAAACAACCAACAACCCAAAUAGAGGCAGCUGCCAUUUAGGCUGGCGUCUACUCACCCUCGUUACUGGCUUCUUCCCCUGUUCUGGAACUCUCCAGCCCUACGUCUCGUGCCACUUACAGGACAUCAACAAAGACCAUGAACACCCUUUCCAAGAGCUGGUGUCUGUUUGCCAGGACAACCUUCAACGUUCUCUCACUUUUGGUGGCCGCCGUAACAUCCCCUCACGUAUUGAGCUGAAGGCCAUCCUGGCGGGUAAAACUUCACAAAUGACUUCUAUCCAUCUGCCAGGUGGGGCGGAAUUCCCCAUCAAAAUACGUAACUUCAGUAUGGCAGCUGAUGCGGCAACUCAGUUCUGUGAAGAAAUGCAUAUCUCAAACCUCUCAGAAAUGAAAGAAUUCACCAUCUUUGCCAACCGACAACAAGAUGGAAUGGUACGGCCUCUUCAUUCAAAUGAAUACCUGAUGGACUUUUUACUGGAUGAUGGAUGCAUCGCCUUUUCUCUAAGAAGAGUGAUCUGGAGAACUCCUCUGUGUUUCAACAAUGAUUUUUAUGUGGAUUUUCACUAUCAACAGCUUUUGGAUGACUACCUGAACGGUAAUCGUAUUCAUGAAUCUUCAGUCCAGCAAAUGGCAGAACUGUCAGCUUUGCAAUAUCUGUCUUUGGGACUGAAGGACCAACCCUCAUUGCAGGAGAUAAAGAAAUACCUUCCUUCCGCGGAGAGACAGAACGCUAAAAUGGAUGAGAUCCACUCUUCCUGUGUGAGCAAGAUAGAAGCAAUGCAGUCCCUCAGCCCUCUGGAUGCCAAAAUACAAUUUGUUGUGUUUCUGAGAGAGCAGCCUCAGUUUGGCUCCAACACAUACUUGGCGCAGAAAGUCAGCCAACGUGACUGUCCUUCACCCUGCAUUGUCAGCGUCAGCCAUAAUGGAGUGCUUUUUAUCCAUCCCAAAACACAGGAGCAAGUUUUUCAAAUUCCUCUGCUUGACGUUCAGUCCAUGCGGACUAUACGACCUAAAAAAGCAGGAAAGCUGCCGUCAAUGGACAUCAACUAUGGCCAACCCAAUCAACCCAAGAAAGUGACAAUUUGCCUCAAACAGGCGAAGGAGUUGUGUCACAUCCUUGCUAUGAUAAUGGAAGAGAUGAUCCGUCCCUCAGUCAAGAGCAGCAUUUCUAAUCCCCGGUAGACUGUGUCUGUUUUCAUUUGACCAUGUUUAUUCUUUUAACUUGACUAGAAUACAUGACGUACAAUAUAUGCACACUUGUUGAUAAUGAUCAUGUCAUCUUGAAAAUAACCAUGUAAUCAUGCUUACAGCUGCAUAUACAUGCAUCUUUUAUGGCAGUUUUCCAACUAUAAAACUUUCCAUACUGUGUAAAGUAAAAAACUCACACAUUAAUUAUAAUUUGUGCACUUCUUGUUUUUAAAAAUCUGAUGUAUAUUAUAUGCAAAUUAUACCCUGUAAAAUUGCUCAAAUACAUCAUAAAAGGGGACUUAUGAUGAUUCUAUUCUACAUUUAACACACUUACUUGAGGUCUAAAUAAUAUGGGUAUGCUUUGGUGUAAAUAUAAAGUCACAUU